UCUCGAUUCACAUAAAACAUUCCGUGGAAUGUGUACACAGUUGUGAUCAGCGCGUAUGUGUGAGAGUUCACUGUACAUAGCUACACGAAGCUAUGCGUAGUAUAUAUCAAUCGUAACAUUCCGUGUAGCCGUAGAACGCUGUCCCGGAGUCGGGCGGUCUCAGGUCUCAGUCGGUGACUCGAUUGGCCUCGGACAACUCGGUGCUACACCUACUGCGAUAUUUUAUUAUAUUUUUUUUUAUCUUCUGACUGAAGACAAAUCCCAGUCGGGCAGGGGGUGGACUGCAGUCGGGUUUCUCACGUUGCACCGGAGCGCUGUUAAAUCGCAACAGUUGUGCAAAGUUCGGCCGAAAUAAUAUCAUUUUUUUGGUGAAUCGAAUGCAAUCGGGCGACCGUCAACUUAUAAUAGAAAACGAGCACGCACGAGAGAGAGAGAGAAAGAGAGAGUGUUCAUAAGUGUCUUAUAAUCUCGCAUUCUGGUCCGGAGGAGGCGAGUGUGUAAAUAUAGAGGAUGAUCAUGCCUGGCACGAGAAUUGCCUCUGACAACGCGAAAAAAACGUGAAUGCAGAACGGGAAAUCUUCAGUCAGCAAAGUGGAUAGAAAAGAAUGAUAUAUUAACGAGAAAAUAGAAAAGGGGAAAAAAUGAAAGCGGUGGAACAACAGCAACCCAAUUCCAUGGACUCGAGUGAUUCAGUGACUGCUGGCAGUGAGUAUGCGUACCGUCCUCUUACAACGAAACACAGACGUGCCGGAAGUACCGGCACUACAGGCGAUGAGGAGUACACCACUGAUGAGGAUGAGCUGUAUCCCGAUGAGGCUGAUUGCACUGGAAUUUCUCAUCAUCAGCCUAAUCCCAUUUUAAAGUCUGAUCUUGCACGUGCUGCCACGGAUUUGUUUGGAUACUCGACGAAAGGAGAGGAUGAGGAGCCUACCAGUUUGUUUGAUGAGGAUGAGGGGAAUAUUCGUCCGCACAGUUCUCACAACGGGUCUUCGGCCCAUUUCAUGUACAACGAAAAGCCAUUCUGUCCGACGAGUUCUCACUCACCUUCAGAAGACCCCAAAAAGCCCAUCAAUCUCCGUAAAAAUGAGGACACAGAUAAGCGCAACGAAGUGCUCAAUAACGACCCAAAAGUCUGUGACUUCAUCCGCAUAAGCAGACCCUUAUCACUACCUCUGACAAGCCAGAACUUAUCAGAACCAGUUACAACGAUGCCGACCACCUACGAGACAAUCCCCACGAGCCUCGGAAGUACAAAGGCCCCAGUGGAUAGCGAGUCAACUCUAACACCUGCCGAACGCAACUGGGAGAAGACAGUUGCCGAGGUGAAGGAGCAUGCGAUAACGAAACUCCAAGAGGAACUCAAGAAAGCCCAUGAGGAGCUGAAGCUCAAGGACGAGGAGGUGACGAGAUUGUUACGAUUCAGGCAAGACGUCGAGACUGAAUUGGAGGAGCUCACAGCGAGUCUCUUCCAAGAGGCCCACAAUAUGGUGAGGGAGGCCAACAUGCGUCAGGCAACUGCUGAGAGACUACUCGAAGAGAGUCGAAUGAAGGUCGAAGUCCUCGCGGCUGAAGUUGUUGCUCUCAAAACUCUGGUUUUGACUUCAACUCCAGCACAACCGAAUCCUCAUCUUCAUCCGCAGAUCGAUAGCAGGUGCGCCGUCAGGUGCAAAUCCACUAGCUCCGCCGAUGACGCUGGUGGCAGUGGUGGAAUCUUCGCGAAGAAGCACCGAAGAUCGCCCUCCCACAUGAAUCUCAAGUACGGGAGGGAGAACUCCCCUCCGGACUCGCCCGUCAAGGAGCAGAAGCCCAUUUUUUCGGCAUCUGCACACCACGAGGUGCACUGCAAUGACAAUUCCCUCGGGUGUAGACAGUUUCGGGAGAGGGGGGAUGUCAAAGAGCCUCGGGAUUCCGAGAGGGAUGAGAGGGACCAAGGGGGUGAGGGCGAUCGUGUCACGAGCAAGGACGGCCAGGUUGACCUGGGAAUGGAGAUCGAUCCUCGUCUGCAGGCCGAGUUCCUGACCUGGAAGGCCAAUCCUUGCUUGAGUCAGAGCGAUGCAUUUGUUGGGAGGGUCUUCAGGGAGGAUAUCGAUCUGUGUCUGGACUUUCCGAAUUCAGCGCUCGGGGUGAGGGUGCGGGAGGCUGUUCUCGGUGGGGUUAUUUUCAUCGAGGCGAUCAGUGACAAGGUCAAGCAGGGAUUUCCACAGGAUUGUGCACUGCUGGAGGUGACGAGACAGUGCCAGCACAGAAUGAGGCUUGGGGAUCACGAGAACCAGUGGCACACGAUAUCGCAGGUCUGCAGGAAUCGGAUAACCGCAGUUUGUGAUUUCCUCAAUUAUCUUCGCUACGUCGAGCGUGGUCUCGUCAAAAGUUCAGUGCAAGACGUCUACUGGGAAAUAGCACGAUUACGAAAGGAGAUGGUGCUUGCUCGACUCGGUCUCUCUCUGUCUUCAUAACUUCCAUAUUUUCUAGUCUCGAAUAAACAAGAUGGGCCGACACAACUCCCAUCACCGUUCAUAGAAUUAAUAUCGAACUAUAAUGAGAAGCUCUCAAACUGUACAAUAGUGCAAUUUAAUCUAGUUGGGAUGGAGAUCUGACAGGAUAACGUUCAUGUGUAAAAAUAAUAUUAACUAAUUUUAGGCUGUGAAUAAAUGAGGAUGUGAAAAAUAUGAGAUUAUGAAUGCAAACUACGUAUAGUGACUAAAUGAUACAUUAUAUUGCUUUAAAAAAAUUUUCACUUUAUUUUUAAUUGUCGUUUUUAUCAUUGUUGUAUUUAAGAUCUUUACCAAGACGAAGGCAAGAUCUGUUCGCAAUUAAUAACAAAAAUUCAUACUAUCAUAACAACAUCUCCAUCUAUUCUGUCAAUUCAUUCAGACUGUAAACACUUAUUUUCAAUUACUCUAUUGUCUUCCAUAUUUAAUAAUAAUCAGACAUGUAACAGUUCUUCCAUUCGCAGAAUCACUACCACUUUCACAAAUUUCUGAAAUAAUUAACGAAUUAAAUUAACUAAAGAGUCGACAGCGAAUUAAUAAUUUAGUAAUCCUCCUUUAUUUACGAUUAACGAUGAUUAUCAACUGUUGGUGUAAGUUCCCCCAGUGCAAUGUAUCAUAAAAAUCCCCAUGAUGAAGGACUGGUGAUUAUUUUUGUAUUGUCAAGAAAAUUGUACAGUGACAAAUAAAUAUAUGAGUAAGACCAUUCA